AUGGUACAAACAAAUAUACACGUUUUUUUUACCCUAUUAAUAUGGAUAUUCCAGUAUUUCUAUGAGUUAACACUCUCAGAAAAAUCAUGCAUUAAGAAAAUGAACUUAAAUAAUACAUCGAAUGUAAGGGUAAGAAGAUUAUUAUAUGGAAAAACAUAUGCCGAUUCUCAACAUAUAGACUUUCUUUUAAAAGAUAAGUUUCAAGACAAUUAUCUAAACUCAUAUGAUUCAUUAAAUAUUAGGGAUUAUUUUGAAAAUUCAACUGAUUCAUUAAUGUCUGAUAAUUAUCUUCAUACUUCUCAUGAAGAAUUAGAACGAAAACCAUCUGGAAUAAAAAAAUAUGAGUUCAGGAAAAAAACUGGAUAUUCCAGUAGAGGUAAUUAUUUGAAGAAACUAAAUGCAAAAUACGACAGCGAAAUAGUAAAACUAUUGGAUUCUUUAUUUAAAACGUCAAAUGAAUAUGAAAAUAUACGUAAGUUAAAGUUUAAAAAUAUUCUUAAGGUCUGUAGUCCAGUUAUAAUAUCCAGUUUACUUAUCGCAUCUAUGAUGGUGUUAUCCCAGUAUAGUUCAUUUUCUAUGUUAUUAUCAAUUCCUUUGUUUAUUUUAACUGUAGUUUAUGUUACCUAUAAAUUAGCGAAAAAUAUGAAGAUGCGCCAUCUGAGAAAAUAA